AAAAGAAGAACGGGUAAAUCAAAUCCCAAUCUUUUUAUUUCUUCAACUCAACCAUUUGGUGGGGUUUGAUUCUUCUUCUUGCAAUCCUCGUUCAGACCAUAUUAGCUUCCUUUUCUCUUCUUCAACUCCGAAUUCUUUUUAUAACAUUAUUGGAAAUUAGAAGAUUCUUGGGUUUUGUGUCUGUUCUUCUUUUUGAUUUUCAUCAGUUUGGCACUUGGAAUUGACCGGAUUCCGAUUGGGUUUGGGUUUCCUAUUGGCUCCUCGUUUGGGAAGAAGACCCACCGAUCAAUCCCCCGGCCUGGGGGCUGGCCUGGAGGUGGAGGAUUGAAAAGGGGAAAAAAAAAUGAAGGAUUUAAUUGGAAGACCGGGGACGAUGAGUGGACUAGCAUUGAGAAUAGGUCAAUCUGCAUUUGCAGCUGCUUCAAUCGGAGUUAUGGUUUCUGCUUUGGGUUUCUCUAGCUUCACUGCUUUUUGCUAUUUGAUUGCAUCAAUGGGACUACAAGUGCUUUGGAGCUUCGGACUUGCAUGCCUUGAUAUGUAUGCUUUGAGGAGAAAAAGAGACCUUCAAAACCCAAUAUUAGUCAGUUUGUUUGUUGUUGGUGAUUGGGUGACAGCCACUUUAACCCUUGCUGCUGCGAGUUCGUCGGCUGGGAUUAUUUUUCUUUAUGCCAAAGAUUUGGACGUGUGCAAGUUUCAUAAAGAACUUCCUUGUAGCAUGUUUCAGAUCUCCAUAGCUCUUGCUUUUAUCACCUGGGCUCUUAUUGCUAUGUCAUCGCAUGUCAUGUUCUGGAUUCUAUUAGCCUCAGUUUAGAAAACUCAGGCUUGCAAAAGCAAGCCUUUUACAGUAUUCCCAACCCCCCCCCCCCCCCCCCCCCCCCCCCGAAUAUGAUCUGUAAAUAGUCUCCUUUUUAUAACAUUCAUUUUUUGACAUUUUGUUUCUUGUACGAACUCUUCGUUUUUAAAACAAAAGAGAUGUUCCCAAUCUGGUCCAGUUUUUCUA